GAAGAAGGGUUUGGUUUGGUAUAUAAAAAGUGAGACACAUCGCAGCAAACGAGUUUAGGGCGUCAUCGAAAAUACAAGCCGUACAAGAGGGCUCGCUCCUUCGUCUUGUUUUCGGAAACGAAACUUUAUCCUUUCAAUUGCGAUGGAUCGGUACCAGAAAGUGGAGAAGCCAAGGGCUGAAACGCCAAUCGAUGAAAACGAGAUCCGGAUUACUAGUCAGGGGAGGAUGCGCAACUACAUUACUUACGCCAUGACCUUGCUUCAGGAAAAAGGUUCUAAUGAAAUUGUUUUCAAAGCAAUGGGGAGAGCUAUCAACAAGACAGUGACAAUUGUGGAGUUGAUCAAGAGGAGGAUUGUGGGUCUCCACCAGAAUACAGCAAUUGGAUCCACUGACAUCACUGAUACAUGGGAGCCACUUGAGGAAGGCCUCCUUCCUUUGGAGACGACAAGGCACGUGUCAAUGAUUACAAUAACCCUUUCUAAGAACGAACUUGAUACAGCUUCUGUGGGGUAUCAGCCUCCAUUACCAGCUGAUCAGGUGAAGGCUGCCACAGAUUUUGAUUAUGAAGGAGAGAGUUCGCCUAAUGGUCGUGGUAGGGGUCGUGGCGGUCGUGGCAGGGGUAGGGGCAGAGGGAAUGGUUUCAUUGCAGCUGAUUAUGAGGAUGGAGGUUGGGAUCGUUACAGGGGAAAUGCCAGGGGCAGGGGUAGAGGAAGAGGACGUGGCUUCCGUGGUCGUGGAAGGGGAGGGUACAAUGGGGGCCAUGUUGAUAUGCUGCAAGAUGGAGGAUACAACCAAGAUGUACCCCAAGGCCGUGGUCGUGGCCGUGGGCGAGGUGGAUAUCGUGGAAGGGGUCGUGGCUUUAGAUCCAAUGGUCCGAUCCAGGCAGCUGCCUGAUGCAACCUUUAGUGCAGUGCACAUGACUUCUGUUAAAGAAUGCCAUGUCUAAUUACUUUUUUCCCUUUGCUUUAUUGCUUCAAUUUUCUCCGUUAGCCCUGAUCAAAUUUCUCACUUUCAACCAGUAGGACAUUUUCUUAGUUCUGUAGACAUAGUUUAAGAUUGCUGCCAUAUAAGGCAGAUUUAUGUUUUAGACUUGGUCAGAUGCUUGAACAAUUGUACUGUUUUGGCUCUGAAUCUCAUUCUUUAAUUUUUAUUUUCGAGACAUGUGUUUAAAUGGAUUCCUUUUAUAUUUC